AUGGACAACUGCUUCGGCAGACUCUGCAUCAGAUGCAUGGUCCAUGUCUUGAACAAGGGCCCAUCUGCCUCCAUUGAGAACAAGACAUACGAGUCAUUGGGAGCCAUCGUGGCAUGCUUCGCCAAGGAGGUCCAUGAGCCGCCAUCCCAGCAGAAAGCAUCGUCAGCAUCGGCCUCGACUGACAAGGUCAUGGACCUCAUCUCGACGAAGCCCUAUCAUGUGGCCAUGCUCCAGAACAGCCACAUGAGUUUGAACGGCAUGUACACGAACACGAAAGACCAUGGUGCAUUGGUCUUUCAGUUGGUGGACAUUCAGGACCAUGGUGCCACCAUGAGGCAUCAAGGGCUCCAUGACAAGCUCAUCGAGGUGACUGUCCCAUUGGAUGCAUUGAAGAAGUGGAGAUCCACGAAGAGUCCCAUGCCAAAGGCAUGCGAUCUCGCCAUGCAGAGCCGAUGCAUGCCGGAGACCCAUCCUGCAUUCCAGGAGGAGCAUCAGAGGGCCAUGGUCAUCGUGGCCUUGCAUGCGGCAUACGAGAAGCAUGCAUGCAAUGCAUCCAUUGCCUUCGGGCAGCAUCCUCCAUCAUUGUUCACAUCAUGCCACUGCAAGAAAAAGGCCAUCCGUUUGGUGCCCAUGGGAACCAUUGCGAAGCAUAAGGGCAAGGAGCCGACGAAGGCCAUCCACAUCAAUGCCUUUGGCCAUCAGUGGACCAUCACGGCACCCAAGCAGAACAGCAUGUUCGAGGACGACAAGCUUCCAUUGGUUCCAUUCUUCUGGGUGCGACCCGCACCAUCGGAUGAAGAGGCCAACAUGGCUUGGUCUGUCAUCAAGCAGGACGACAUGUCCAUUCCCAUGCUGGUUAAUGAGGAUUCCAUUGCAACCCAUGCUGUGCUACUCCAUGCAUCGGCAGAGCCGGAGGCCAUGAAGGAGCCACCCAAGAAGAAGGCCAAGUCCAAGGCCAAGAACUGA